UGCCUGUGAAGCGCAGAAACAGCUAUCAACACCUGCCGCCUGACAUGUCUGAGCUGAGGGUUGUUCUGCUGGGGAACAGCUGGUCUGAGAGGAGUUCAGUGGGGAACUUCAUACUGGGAGAGAAUAAGUUCAACACUGAGGAAGAACCAGACUGCUGCCAGAGAGUCAGUGGACUAGUAAAGAAGAAAAGUAUAGUUCUCAUCAACACUCCAGAUCUGCUGCUUCCCAACAUCUUCCAACACAAACUUACACAAGAUGUAGAAACCUGUGUGAGACUCUCUGAUCCUGGACCUCAUGUGUUCCUGCUGGUUCUACAGCCUGAACACUUCUCUGAGAAACACAAACUGAGACUCUGCAAAGUCCUGAAACUCUUCGGCGAUCGAUCGGUUGAUCAUUCGCUGGUUCUGAUAUCGACACCCAGAGAGGAGAGUUCAAGUGUCAAGGAAAUCUCUAUGAGCCAUCCACAAUUGAAAAACAUCAUCAGAAUUUGUAGAGGCCAACUGCUAUGGAAGAAGACCACCGAACUUACAGAGCUGUUGUCAUGCUUGGACCAAAUCGUCAAGGAGACCGGAGAAGCGUACGUGAGCUGUGAAGGAUUUGCGGAUUCAGCAUCUGCUUUACCUGGUGAUCACAUGAAACCAGCUGUAAACCUGGUUCUGUGUGGGAGGAGAGGAGCAGGGAAGACUUCAGCAGCCAAGGCCAUUUUAGGUCAGACAGAGCUUCAUCCAGUCUCCAGCUCAUCAGAGUGUGUUAAACAUCAGGGAGAGGUGUGGGGACGUCGGGUUUCUCUGGUGGAGCUUCCUGCCUUGUAUGGAAACCCUCAGGAGGCAGUGAUGGAGGAAUCAUUCAGGUGUAUCUCCCUCUGUGAUCCUGAGGGCGUCCAUGCCUUCAUCCUGGUCCUACCUGUGGGUCCCCUCACUGAUGAAGACAAGGGAGAGUUAAAGACCAUCCAGAACACAUUCAGCUCUCCAGUCAAUGACUUCACCAUGAUUCUGUUCACUGUGGAGUCAGAUCCUACAGCUCCAGCUGUUGUUAACUUCCUGAAGGAAAACAAGGACAUCCAGGAGCUCUGUCAGAGCUGUGGAGGAAGAUAUGUUGUUCUCAACAUCAAGGACCAGCAGCAGAUCCCAGAGCUGUUGGAAGAUGUGGACAAGAUGAGGCCAUUUAAGGGUCGACCACGCUGCUAUACAACAGAAACAUUUACAAACGCCAAGAAAGAGAAAAACAACACCACACUACAGGCUGAACUUGACAACCAGAAGACCACGGUUAGCCGUGAUGAUGAGAAGCAGAGCCCAGAGUGUCUCAAGAUUGUGCUGAUAGGGAAGACUGGCUGUGGAAAGAGCUCUUCAGGAAACACCAUUCUAGGAAGAAAGGCGUUUGAAGCCAAAUUAAGCCAAAUAUCUGUCACCAAACACUGUCAGAAAGCAGAGAGUGUAGUGUCCGGUCGUCCUGUUGUUGUGGUCGACACUCCUGGUCUGUUUGACACAACGUUGACCAAUGAAGAGGUUCAAGAGGAGAUGGUAAAAUGCAUCACUCUUCUGGCUCCAGGACCACAUGUCUUCCUGCUGGUGUUACAAAUUGGCAGACUCACACAAGAGGAGAAGGACACAUUAAAACUCAUCAAGACAGUCUUUGGGACGAAUUCAGAAAAGUUCACCAUCAUUCUUUUCACAAGAGGAGAUGACCUGGAGCACGAGGAGCAGUCCAUUGUGGAGUACAUCCAAGAAAAAUGUGAUGACUCCUUCAAGAAUCUGAUCGAUGACUGUGGAGGAAGAUACCAUGUGUUCAAUAACUACGACAGACAAAACCAUGUGCAAGUAAAUGAGCUGAUAAACAAGAUUGAAAACAUGGUGGAGGAAAAUGGAGGCGACUGCUACACCAACGAGAUGCUCCGAGAGGCGGAAGCAGCGAUACAGAAGGAAUUAAAGAAGAUCCUGAAAAACAUGGCAGAAGUGAUGCAGAGCGAGCGAGAGGAGCUGGAGAGACAACAUGAAGAUAGAAUGGAAAAGCAGAGAGCGGAAACUGAACGGAAGAGAGAGCUGAGAGUCAGAAAGCUCGAAGAAAUGAAGGAAAAAAUCAACAGCGAGCAUGAGAAGAUAAACAUAGGAAAAAAAGAGAGGAAAGAAGAAGAUCUAAUGAGGAUAAAACAAGACGAAAUGAAACAGCAGGAGUGCCAAGUUUUACUGGAUAAAAUAAAAAUAAAUUCUGCAUCGGAUGAAGAAAAGAGAGCUGAGCUGGAGCGGAGAAGAGGAGAGAUGAGAAAGCAAAAGGAGGUCCUUGAGGAGGAACAAAAAGAGUACUGGGAGACACGUAACAGAGAAAAGGAAAACAGACGAAAGCAGGACAAAAUAAAACUCAAAGAGCUGCAGAAGGAAUAUGAGCGGGAGAGAGAAGAUCACGAAAACAAAAAGGAAAAUGAAGAACAAAACAGGAGAGAACAGGAGGAAAAGGGAAGAAAAGAGUUGGAGGAAAAAUAUCAGAAAAUAAUGGACGACAUGAAGAAGAAAUAUGAAGAGGAGGCGAGAAAGCAAGCCGAGGAAGUCAAUGAGUUCAGACAGAAAUACGUCAGGAACUUUGCAGGGCUGAGGAAAGAGCACAUGGAAGAAAAGGAGGCACUGAAACAAGAGCACAAUAAAGAGUAUAAACUGUUCGGUGAUCUCUCAAGUCACAAAGAAACCAAGCUCAAAGAAGAGCUCAGAGAAAAAGCUGAAAAACUCAAUGAAAUGGAGACAACAAUGCGUGAUUUAAAAGUGAAAUACAACAACAAAUGCACCGUCCUCUAAUAAUGCUUCACACCUCUCCGACCCUUACAAACCACAAGUUUAUUCAAGUAUGCGUUUAGUAUUCUUCUUUAAAACUUAAAAUAAGAGAGUAUGCUUUCAGUUUACUUUAUAUGUACUUAUCAGAGAUAUACUUAACAAAAUUAUACCUACGUAUACUUAGCUUAUACCGACAAGUAUACAGAAAAGUAUACGUAUACUUGCUUUCUACUGACAAGUAUACAAAAAAGUAUAUUUAUUAAGUAAAGUAUAGUUGGCUUAUGCUUUCUUUUUGAUAGAGUAGCCUACAUUAUUAGAGGAUGUGGGAGUUUGUAAAUGUAUGUUUUGAUAUCAAUUUACUUAAAAUAUUCUACGUUUUUGCGUUCUCCGAGGCAUGUGGAGGCUUGUGAGAAAAACUAUAUACAUGUAUAUAUAUAUAUAUUUUUAUCUCAACACAAAAUCUCAAGUCAAAUAGAUAAAGUGUCUUUAUGUAAAGCAUAAGUCAUUAGCUAACUGCUAUAAGUUAAAGAAAACUUACUAGUAAACUUGCAGUUAAUGCUAUUAAACUAGUAGUUUAUGAAAGUAUACUUUAAAGUGUACAUUCAUAAACUAAAAAGUGGGCUACAAGUAUAUAACUAGUAAACUAACAGUAUACCUAUAAGUUCACUUGUAGUAUUGUUCACUUCAUAGUAUAGUUGCAGUACAAAAUACAACUUAGAUGUAAACUAGUUGUGUGCUCAAAGUUUACUAUUCUUACCCUUAAAGUACACUUAAAUGUAUACUUUUAUAGACUAGAAAGUGGGCCAAUUCAGUCCCAAGAAGUAUUGAAUGAACAAUAUGUAAUAUAACAGUUCAUUUCUUGCCUAAAACAAAAUCCUAAAAACUAAAUCUGGGGACAACAACAACAACAAUUGGAGUACAAAAAUGAUAAAUUACAUGUGUGAGUUUGGCUCACGUCCUCCGUCACUGCUGUUGGUUGAUAUACAAAAUGCAUGCUGGGAUAUUUGACUACCGCAAAAAGCAUCCUCGAUAAAAUGGACGAAGCAAGACGGGCGGGCAUUUGGACCAUUUGGACCAUAUUUGGAUGAAUGCAAAUGUUAAAUUCAGGACAGUACUUUGGCGGCGACUGUUGACUGAUGCCAUACUUUGUUUCUUAUUAACCAUUAUUGAGCACCAUAAUUCUUAUAAUGGGAAUUAUGGCCAAUCUGUCAAAUGCUUACAGACUAAUCAACAUGUAUUUUUAUGUCCCUGAAGAGGUGAAGAGACGAAUGUCCAACGUUAAAUUCAGAACAGUAUUUUGGCGGCGGCUGAUGACGUUUCACAAGUUCAUGAGAACACAAAACCAGAGAGGGCUCCGAUGUCGUUUAGAUCGGUUGUUUAGGAGUGUUAAACAACCGACUUGUUAGGUUAAUUAUAUUUGAGAAUAUGCAGGUAAGAAUCUUUUGUAGUAAGAAUGGAGCAUUGCUGAUUUUGCCAUUUUUUUUAGGAAUGCACUGAUUGCAAAAUUCUGGGCCGAUAGCUGAAACCGAUGUUUUUGUAUCUUUAUUUUUUUCUGUUAUUUAUUCCCCUUCUGUUCCAGGGAUAUAAAGACCUCUUCAUUAUAUAAAAUAACUGAGCUGUUUUUAAGUCAUUCAGUCUUUGAAUCAGCACAAAUUCAAUCAUACUAAUUUAUGAAACAACCUUUAAAAUAACUUUUGUUCACAUGAAAAAGAUUAUUCUUUUUUUAAAAUAACUGCUUCAAAAGCCUUUUUAGUUGC